AUGCCGCAAGAUGGGAUCAGCAGCGUGAACCAGCUAGGGAGGCUCUUUGUGAAUGGUCGGCCCCUGCCCCUGGAUACCCGGCAACAGAUUGUGCGGCUGGCCAUCAGUGGGAUGCGGCCCUGUGACAUCUCCCGGAGCCUCAAGGUAUCUAAUGGCUGUGUGAGCAAGAUCCUAGGCCGUUACUAUCGCACAGGUCUCUUGGAGCCCAAGGGGAUUGGAGGAAGCAAGCCACGCUUGGCCACGCCGCCGGUGGUGGCGCGAAUCGCCCAGCUCAAGGGGGAGUGCCCGGCCCUCUUUGCCUGGGAGAUCCAACGCCAGCUCUGUGCAGAGGGGCUUUGCACCCAGGACAAGACUCCCAGUGUCUCCUCUAUCAACCGAGUCCUGCGGGCAUUGCAGGAGGACCAGAGACCGCCCUGGAUACAUCUCAGGUUGCCAGCUGGUUUGGGUCCAAUUCCUCGAACUCUGCCCUGUGACUCUGAGGCUCCCCGGGGUCCCCACCCAGGAACUGGCCACCGGAAUCGGACAAUCUUUUCCCCAGGCCAAGCCGAGGCGCUGGAGAAAGAAUUCCAGCGUGGGCAGUAUCCUGAUUCAGUGGCCCGUGGGAAACUGGCUGCAGCCACCUCUCUGCCCGAGGACACGGUGAGGAUCUGGUUUUCCAACCGAAGGGCCAAAUGGCGCCGACAAGAGAAGCUCAAGUGGGAUAUGCAGUUUCCAGGUGGUUCCCGGGGUCUGACUGUACCAAGUGCUUCCCCAGGAAUCUUCUCUGCACAGCAGUCCCCUGGCAGUGUGUCCAAGGCAGUCCUACCUACCCUGGAAUCCCUGGGUCCCUCCUAUCCACUGUGCUGGGGGACAGCAUCGGAGGGGUGUCUGAGUGACACCCCACCACAAGCCUGUCUCCAGUCCUGCUGGGGCUACCUGCCCCCCACAGCUGAGCUUCCUGGGCUCCAUCCUGCUUUGCCAUCCUUGCCCUUCCUUCCUCUGCCCCCAUCGCCAGUCUUGGUGCCCGUCAGGCCUUGCAUUGGCCUGGCUCCCCACUGUGAGGUCUGGGAUGAGGAAGGAGGCUCAGUGUGGAAAGGAGAUGUGGUGGGGAGGAUAUGACCCCACUGUCCAAGCAGAGAACAGCCCCUCCUCCUUCCUGUGUCUCCUCUCGUCUGUGGACCUUGCUCCUCUUGUGUGUCACCUGAGUGGAGAGGCUGUGCCCACCCACAUGUCACAUUGGCCUUACGAGGCUUCCAGUU